AUGACGGACCAGAGGGAGAAAUGGGCCUGCGACUACUGCACUUAUGAGAACUGGCCCUCCGCCACCAAGUGCACCAUGUGCCGUGCCCACAGAUCCCCCGGCCCCAUCAUUACAGAGGAACCGUAUAAAAGCGGGCCCGACUUGGACCCGGCACGCCGCCCGUGGGGUCUCCCCGCCAGCGAGGGGGGCAGUGGCAGCCUCCUCAUCUGCCCGGACUCCAGCGCCAGACCCCGUGUCCGCCCGGCCGGUGUGGCGGAGCUCGCUAGCAAGUGGUCGUGUCAUAUGUGCACCUACCUGAACUGGCCUCGAGCCGUCCGCUGCACGCAGUGUCUGUGCCAGCGCCCCAAAAGCAGCAGUCCCACCGAGUCGCCCCGAGCAUCCGGCUGCCGGCCCGUGGGGCCUUUGGACCCGUGCGAGGAGUACAACGACCGCAACCGCCUCAACACUCACCAGCAGUACUGGACAUGCUCUUCAUGCACUUACCAGAAUUCACCCAAAACACUCACAUGCGUGGUGUGCGACCACCCGCAAGCCAUUGAGCUGGCCGCCCAGUCUGCCGAGCGCUCGCCCGUUAUCAACGAGCAAGACCGGGCGUGGCGGAGGAGCGGCUGCGGGACCGGCGUGGGUCCCCCCGGCCAGAGGAGGUCACCCCCUUUGACCGAGCGAGAGGACAAUGUCCAAAUGGACUUCCAGAGGAUAGAGCUGGCGGCGGGAGCCGGAAGUGGCAAAGAUGAGCAGGAGAUGGACUUCAAGAAGCUCAAACAAAUACGAAACCGGAUGAGGAAAACGGACUGGUUGUUUCUAAGCGCCUGUGCUGGCGUGGUGGAAGGCGACCUCGCCACCGUGGAAGCCUACAAAUCGUCAGGCGGCGACAUCGCGCGGCAGUUGACUUCCGACGAGGUGCAGCUGCUCAACCGGGCGUCGGCGUUUGACGUGGGUUUCACGUUGGUGCAUCUCGCCAUUCGCUUCCAGAGGCAGGACAUGCUCGCCGUACUCCUCACUGAGGUGAAUCAGCAGGCGGCUAAGUGCAUCCCGUCUAUGGUGUGUCCCGAGCUGACAGAGCAGAUCCGGCGGGAAAUCGCCGCGUCGCUGCAUCAGCGCAAAGGCGACUUCGCUUGCUACUUCCUCAGCGACUUGGUCACCUUCACCCUACCCGCCGAUAUCGAGGAUUUGCCUCCGGCCGUUCAAGAGAAAUUGUUUGAUGAGGUUUUGGAUCGGGACGUGCAGAAAGAAUUGGAGGAGGAAUCCCCGGUUAUCAACUGGUCCAUGGAGCUCGGCACUCGUCUGGACAGCCGGCUGUAUGCGUUGUGGAACCGCACGGCCGGCGACUGCCUGCUGGACUCGGUGCUUCAGGCCACAUGGGGCAUCUAUGACAAGGACUCUGUCCUGCGCAAGACCCUUCACGACAGCUUGCACGACUGCUCGCACUGGUUUUACACUCGUUGGAAGGAAUGGGAGUCGUGGUACUCGCAAAGCUUCGGUCUUCACUUUUCUCUACGGGAGGAACAGUGGCAGGAGGACUGGGCCUUCAUCUUGUCUUUGGCCAGCCAGCCCGGGGCAAGCCUGGAGCAAACCCACAUUUUUGUGCUGGCACACAUCCUCCGAAGACCCAUCAUCGUCUACGGCGUCAAAUACUACAAAAGCUUUCGAGGGGAGACGUUAGGCUACACUCGAUUUCAAGGUGUGUACCUGCCGCUACUGUGGGAGCAGAGCUUCUGCUGGAAGAGCCCCAUCGCGCUGGGCUACACCCGCGGCCACUUCUCGGCCCUGGUGGCUAUGGAGAACGACGGCUACGGUGACAACCGCGGCGCUGGCGCCAACCUCAAUACGGACGACGAUGUCACAGUCACCUUCCUACCGCUGGUGGACAGCGAACGCAAGCUGCUGCAUAUCCACUUCCUUUCGGCGCAGGAGAUGGGCAACGAGGAACAGCAGGAGAAGCUUUUGCGCUCGUGGCUGGACUGCAGCGUGACUGACGGCGGCAUGCUAGCUGCUAUGCAGAAAAGCUCGCGACGCCGCAACCACCCAUUGGUCACGCAGAUGCUAGAGAAAUGGCUGGACACGUACAGACAGAUACGACCCUGCGCCGCUCUCUCCGACGGCGAGGAGGACGAUGACGACGACGAGUGA